AGUACAGAGGCAGGGCAGGUCUCGGCGAUGGAGUGAGAAGCAAGAUCAGGGAGGGAUUGCCAGCAUUCUGUUUCAGAAUCAAAUCCUGCUGGAAGCUGGGAGAUGGGAGAUGGAGUCAAAGGCUAAGAAAGAAAUCUCUCCACCUUGAGGAGAAAGUCUUACAAUCUAAUGUGUAUUUUGCAUGUGGAUAAAUCAUUGACAAAAAUGGUAGGAUAAUUCACAAACUUGAACAGCAGAGAGAGAGACAACUCAGCGGGACAGGCAGCAUCUCUGGAGAGAAGGAAUGGGACACGUUUUGGUUUGAGUCCCUUCUUCCGAUCUAGCAGAGAGACCUAAGGGCACACGUAGAAAGUUCCCUGAAAGUGGCGGAACAGACAGAAAGCGGGGCGAAGAAAGCAUUUAGCACAUUUGUCUUCAUCGCUCAGGGCACUGAAUACAUGACAGACUCAGUGGCUCAGGCGCGAUCUCUGGAGAAAAUGGAUAGGCAAUGUUUUGGGCCGGGAUCUCUUCAAACUUCAGUAUAAAGAAGGGUCCCAACCCAAAUCGUCACCUUUCCAUUUUCUUCAGAGAUGCUGCCUGACCCGCUGAGUUACUCCAGUGUCUAUCUUUGGUACAAACCAGCGUCUGCAGUUUUGUUUUAUUACACCGAUACAGGAGUUGGGGCCUCAUGCUGCAACAAGGCAUUAGUGAGAUUGCAUUUGGAGUAUGGUGUGCAGUGCUGAUCACUCUGCAAUAGGAAGGAUGUCAUUCUGCUGGAUGGGUUGUUGAAAUAACUCACACCCCGAGGGCCUAAUUUAUGAGAGGUUGGAUACACUGACACUCCAGCGGUAUGAAUGUUGACUUCUCUAACUUCAAGUAACCCUUGCUGUCCCUCUCUCUCUAUCCCUCCCCAUUCCUAGUUCUCCAGCUAGUCUGCCUGUCCCCGUGAUUAAAUGUUAUAUAUGUAUGCUUCGUUGUCAACUUCUCCUAGCUAACAAAGAUCUAUUCUACAAUUUCCUUGACCCUCCUCCCCUUUGAUGUCUCAUUUUUACAUCUGACACUUACUUAUCUCUGUGUCUCCCCCUCCCCUGACUCUUAGUCUGAAGAAGAAAUAUCACCCAUCCCUUCUAUCCUGAGAUGCUGCCUGUCCCGCUGAGUUACUCCAGCAUUUUGUGUCUAUCUUCGCCGUAAACCAGCACCUGCAGUUCCUUCCUAUACACUGGGACUUAUUUCCCUGGAGCGCAGGAAGCUGAAAGGCGACAUUACCGAGGUGUACAAAAUCAUGAAAGGCAUAUAUAAGGUACCGGGUAAGCUGGCAUCCACCUCAGAUACAAUGAUGAAAUCAAGUUCAACCGAGAUCACAAACCUAGGCAUGCAGUCAUGCUCUGAGUCCAAAGAUCUGUUGACUAGCCAUGGAGGAAGCACCAUCUACAGCAGCUCCAGAAGUGUAUCCAUUUGGACCUCAGAGCCACAGAACACCUGUGAGGUUUAUCAUAAACCUAUCAUUGUCAUGUCAGUAGGAGGAGCAUUUUUUAUUCUGGGUUCCAUAACAACUGGCCUGUUCUUUGCACAGAUCACCAAGAAAACCUGCAAUAUACUGGGACCAGCAUUUUUGUCUAUCGGAAUUAUGUUUCUCAUUUUUGGAUUGGUCUGGUUCCCUAUUCUCAAGGAAAAGCGACAAAAGAGGUCAGCGUCUCGAUAUCUCAGGAAACAAAAGUCAACAUUUUUUACCUUGUGAGAUAAAAUGGUGCAACAAAGAUUCUUGGACACCUUCACUAUGAUACACAUUUUUGUGGAGUCUAUAGCAAUUGAUGGAGAUGACUAAAACUCACGUUGAAAUCAGUGAACUUGACUCAAGAGAUGGACUUCCAUUUCUAAGAACAUUUCACAACCUGAGUAUAUUGCAAAGAACUUUACAACUAAUUGCAUGCUUCUUUUUGAAGUGCAAUCACUAUGAUAGGUCUUAGAAAAUGAAAUAAAAGCACUGUGGCUUUGGAUGUUUUUAUGAGUUUAAUAAUGCCUAAAAUGAGUGGAUCGGUGAAUAUUUUAAAAUUAUUUUUCAUUUCCCACAUUGAUGGAAGUCGAUCCGAAAUUUAACAGUGGCUUUUUCAGUGCCAUUCCGUUCUAGUUGUCAAGGAAAUGGAAAGCCAAGUCUUAUUUACUCUGCAGUUAACAGUCUCAGGCGUCUCGAAAUAAAUUAUGCCGGUAAUGAGUUGUAAAUGAUGAUAUAAAGUUAUUGCAAAUAUUAUGAUAGAAAUAAGUCAAUGAAACUAUCAGUAGCAAAGGAGAAAAUAUGCAUGCUUUCUGUAUGAACAAGCGAUAACUUGUAGGUGUUCGUCUGUGACAAAGAAUGCAACAAAACCAAAUACUGCACCCAAACACAUUGACUGAAAGUUCUGCAUGCACAGUAAAGUAUGAGCCGUUCUCACAGUUGUCUGCAUUCCACUGCAAUUGUCAAAGGAAACUUCGUGUUAGAUCUACAUGCCCUUCCUUCAUGUUUUGUAAUAUAAGCUGCACCUAAUCAGGUUUGUGGAACGGUUACUGGUAAAUGAGCACUUAAGUUUUCAAUUUGCAAGCGACCACAUAUUGCACACAGCACACUUUAAAAGUAGCCACAAGCAAUGUGAAGCAUGAAUGGCCUUUCAACAACAUUUUCAUGCUGGGAAAUAUCCCAUAUUGCAUCAUAAAAAUAGACACAAUUUGACAAUUCUUUCUAGACUUUAUUGAUGUAGUUGGUAAGAAAAGGUGAAGUGAAAUGGACUUUUGGUUCUCGGGUUCAUUAUAUUUCAGCUCAAUAAAGAUACAAUAUUGGUAUGUUGGUAAAUGUAAUUAAAUUUGGUUUAAACAGAUCAAAGAUUAGUAUUUGAGAUUUCUCCUGUAAUUCCCAUUGUCUGGAUAUAUUAGCUUUGAGAAUUCUUCCAUUUGAGAUCGACAAGCCAAACAUACCUUAAACAAUUGUAACCACAUAGAUAGAAAUUUAUGUUCAAUUUUGCCAACAUUUUGGCUCCCAUUUUUAUGUUCCAUACAGCAUUUCCUAGAAAAAAACAUCCAAAAUGCAAACAAUGCAAAAGGCUUUUAAUGAAAAAGCAUGUUUUCCUUUAUUAUUUCAAUGUUAAGAACUAUAAAUGGCAUCUGAUUUUACCUUCACUUUCUGUAAUGUAAAUAUCAUUAAAGUGGCACCGUGCCAUCGGUAGAGUUGUUGUCUUACAGCGCUUGCAGCACCGGAGACCCGAGUUUGAUCCCGACUAUGGGUGCUGUCUGUACGGAGUUUGUACGUUCUCUCCAUAACCGCGUGGGUUUUCUUCGAGAUCUUCGGUAUCAUCCCGCAUUCCAAACACGUACAGGUUUGUAGGUUAAUUGGCUUGCUAUUAACAUGAAAUUGUUCCUAGUGUGUGUAGGAUAGUGUUAGAGUGCAGGGAUCACUGGUCGGUGCGGACACGGUGGGCCGAAGGGCCUGUUUCCGAGCUGUAUCUCUAAACUAAACUAAAAACUCUUCUCUGCCACCAGCACUUUCAAUGGUUGAUGAUUAAUCAAGAACCCAACAUAGGAUGGCACCAGAAUAGACACAUAGAUACAUAGACAAUAGGUGCAGGAGUAGGCCAUUCGGCUCUUCAAGCCAGCACCGCCAUUCAACAUUAUCAUGGCUGAUCACCCACAAUCAGUACCCCUUUCCUGCCUUUUCCUCAUAUCCCUUGAUUCUGCUAGCUCUAAGAGCACCAUCAAACUCACUUUUGAAUGCAUCCAGUGAAUCGGCCUCCAGUCCCUUCUGAGGCAGAGAAUGCCACAGAUUCACAACUCUCUGUGUGAUUUUUUUUCCCUCAUCUCAGUUCUAAAUGGCCUACCCCUUAAACUGUGGCCCCUGCUUCUGGACUCGCCCAAAAUCGGGAUCAUGAUUCCUGCAUCUAGUGUGUCCCAUUCCAUAAUAAUUUUAUAUGUUUCUAUAAGAUCCCCUCUCAUCCUAAAUUCCAGUGUAUACAAGCCCAGUUGUUCCAUUCUUUCAUCAUAUGACAUUCCUGCCACCCCGGGAAUUAACCUUGUGAACCUACGCUGCACUCAGUCAGUAGCAAGAACGUCCUUCCUCAAAUUAGGAGACCAAAUCUGCACAAAAUACUCCAGGUGUGGUCUCACCAGGGCCUUAUACAGCGCAAGAGGCCCUCUUUGCUCCUAUACUCAACUCCUCUUGUUAUGAAGGCUAACAUGCCAUUAGCUUUCUUCACUGCAUGCUGUACCUGCAUGCUUACAUUCAGUGACUGAUGUACAAGGACAUCCAGGUCUCACUGUACUUCCCCUUUUUCAAACCUGACACCAUUCAGAUAAUAAUCUGCCUUCCUGUUCUUGGCACCAAAGUGGAUAAUGUGGUUUAAUGUUACAUUUAUCCACAUUAUACUGCAUCUACCAUGCAUGUGCCCACUCACCCAACAUGUCCAGGUCACCCUACAUCCUCAUAGCAUCCUCUUCACAGUUCAUACUGCCACCCAGCUUUGUGUUUUGGGUCAUCUACAAAUUUGCUCAUGUUACUUUUAAUGCCAUCAUCUAAAUCAUUAAUGUAUAUUCUAAAUAGCUGUGGUCCCAGCCCCGAGCCUUUCAGCACCCCACUAGUACUGCCUACCAUUCUAAAAGGGACCCGUUAAUCCCUACUCUUCGUUUCCUGUUUGCCAACCAAUUUUCUAUCCAUGUCAAUAUCCUACCCCCUACCACCAAUUGAGUUCCUUUAUCAAAUCCGGUUCACUACGCAACACUAAAUCCAAAAUUGUCUUAAACCUGGUAGGCUCCAGUACAAACUGCUCUAAGAAUUCAUCUCAGAGGCACUUUACAAACUCCCUUUCAUGGGGUCCAUUAUCAACCUGUCCAAGUCUACCUGCAUGUUGAAAUCACCCAUAACCAACGUUACAUUACCUUUGUUACAUGCCAAUGUGGUAUCUCUCUGUGUACUGUUCCAGCAGAGGAUCUAUUGUACUUAUAUAAGGUAUGAUGUGAUGAGUAGCAUGCAGAACAAGCAUUUCAUUGUAUCUCUGUUCACAUGACAAUAAAUAAACCUUUAAACCAUA